ACCGCGAGACUUGUAAGCGCGCAGGAAACCCGCUGACCAUGAAGGCGAUCAGUCCCGUGCUGCCGAUGCGAAGGACUCACGUCAGCUCUCACGCGCAGGAUCUCGGGAUCUGGAGGAGUAAGAGCGCGUGGGACGAGCCGCUCGGUGUGCUGUGCGACAUGAACGACUGCUACAGCCGCCUGAAGGAGCUGGUGCCCAGCCUGCCGCAGGACCGGAGCGUCAGUAAGAUGGAGAUCCUGCAGCAUGUCAUCGAUUACAUCCUGGACCUUCAGAUCGCGCUGGACUCCAGCACAGCUAACGCGGGUCCCGGACAGCCAGGUGUUUCCUCCAGUACUGCUGCUGAUCUCAGCUCCUUUCAGAUAAGCCACUUUGCAAGAGAAACGAUCACAGACGACCAGAUAACGAUCUGAAACGGUGUUUCUCUGGAGCAAAAACAGGACCCUCUUUUUUUUUUUGUUGUUGGUAUCCUUCCGUGUACUUUCGCCUGGACUUUGUCUUGACUGACACGGAUUUCCCUCAAAUGGAGAUAAACCAUUCUGUAUGUCUGAUUUAUAUUUAUCUGCAGGCCAUACAUGACCUUUCUUCCAAAGGAAGACCUCUUUACAGGACUGAGGGAACCAGUUGUUUGAAAGGAAAAUGAACAGAAGGGGGAAACGCCUUUUGUGAAGGUGUCAGACUGCAGGCACAGUGUGAUCAUAGAGCUCAGAUGAUCAGCAGAGCUGAGGGACUAACAGAUCAUAUAUAUUUGGCUGUUCCACUUCAUAUAACAUGCAAAGUAUUAGCUUCAUUUUAGUUUUUAAAUUGUUCUCUUAAGAGAGCACACCAUUCUCAAUUGUUUUCUUUUUUUAAAAAGCAAAUCCUAAGCCAGUAGAGGGCGCUGCAGUUCAACUACUGCUCUCCUCUUAGGCCUACUUUAUUUUUCAAGUAUAAUACACCCUAUUGUGAUUUUUAAAAAAUCAGGUUGAGACUUUUUUUGUUUUAUCAAGACAUAAAAUAUUAUUCUAUUAAUACAGACUUUCCAUACCAUUAUUAUUGUACAUUUUGCCAUUUAACCCCUUCUGGGUGAGGGUUAUAAGAACCUGUUACAUGAAACAGGAAUAAAUAAUAGAACCUUCAGAAUCCUCCCUCGGCAACAAUCAUCCAUCGCUACAUGGGCAUGAGAUGAACUUUGUGUGUUUGUUAGAGAAGGAGGGUGGACGGUAAAGAUUUUGCGGCGUGCCAUUCCUGUAAAGUGCAUCGAUGUUUUUCUUUAGUUCUGCUGGAAUGUGAUGUUAGUGAUGCCAAAUGAUUUUCUAUAAAUAAUGUAAAUUGCAUUUUUAUAUAAAAUAAAUUAUGAUGUAGACUACUAAAUGUGACAUUCGUGUUUAUAUUGACUUUGUAUCUUUGUACCCCUUUGUUACUAUGUAGUUAAUUCCAGGUUUCACUGUGAAAUUGUCCCUAUAUCACUAUGCUAAUGAAAUGAUUAUUACGUAUAUACAAUCCAUGUGGACCCUUUGGUCACAACCAUAACAUGGA